CUCUUAACAGUAGAAUCCACACAUAGGGGAGAGAGAGAGAGAGAGCUGUAAUAAUGGCAAAAUGAACAAAGGCCUUUCACAAUCUCUUCUCCUCGCAAGAGGAACAUAAAAAGAAAGAAAAUAUUAUGGCUUUAGAAGAAGAGGAAGAGACCCAAAACGCACCGUUUUGUAUGCUUUUCUGCGAGGAAGAGAGUAGCAGCGUGUUCGAGGAAGACGAGAGGAGCGUCGUAAAGUCUCCGUCUUUCCAUCUGGGUUUUCUCGACCACGACAUGUUAUCACGGGACGACGACGAGUUGCUAGCUCUGAUCUCGAAAGAGGAAGACUUUAAACCGUGUCUUUCAGACAAAACCUCCACGGACGAGUUUCUGUCUCUGUGUCGCGAAAACGCUCUCGGCUGGAUUUUCAGAGUGAAAAGUUACUACGGGUUUAGUUCGCUGACGGCUCUUCUCGCUGUUAGCUACUUCGAUAGGUUUGUCACAAGCAGGAAGUUUCAGACGGAUAAGCCGUGGAUGUCUCAGCUUACAGCUGUGGCUUGUUUGUCCUUAGCUGCUAAAGUCGAAGAGAUCCGUGUUCCGCUGCUCUUAGAUCUCCAAGUGGGAGAGGCGAGAUAUGUAUUUGAAGCUAAGACUAUACAGAGAAUGGAGCUUUUGAUUCUCUCUACUCUU